GUCCAGGAAGUCACCCACCGUCAACAUUCUGGGUGAUCUUCACCUCCUCGUCCUCGUCAUAGCUCUUUGUUCUUCCUCCAUGGCAUCUGAAGAGCGGCAGGCGCCCACCAAGAAGCCGACGGGGAAGAGGAACGACCCUUCCAACAAGAGGCCGCAGGACAAGAACCGUUUCCUGCAUCCUGCAGAAACCUCAUGCUGGCAGAACGAGGUCAAGGAAUGGACCUUCCAUUACACGGAGAGGUUUCGAGUUGUUCCCCCCUACCGGUUCGAGUUCGGCACGUCGAUCAAAGCGAGAUGGGUGGGAAGGCUGCUCCUGGAGGUGUUCUCGCAGGAAUUUCCGUACUUUGAGGACUCGCUGCAGUACUACACCGAGGCCAUGGAGCUCGGCAGGCUGAGAGUGAACGACGAGAAGGCGAGCAAAGAUUACCGGUGUCGGGAUGGAGAUGUUAUCACGCAUCAUGUCCAUCGGCAUGAGCCGCCCGUCACGAGUGAAAAGAUCGUGAUCAUCUCAGAUAGCGAUGGGAUUUUGGCAGUGAACAAGCCCUCAUCCAUUCCCAUCCAUCCAGGCGGAAGGUAUCGCCGAAACUCGCUGCUCGCUAUCCUUGCCAAGGAGCACAACAUGUUUGACCUCCAUACGGUUCAUCGUCUUGAUCGUCUGACCUCUGGCCUCUUGCUUUUCGGUCGAUCGAAGGCUGUCGCAGAGAUGUUCCGGCGUGAGUUCGAGGACGGCAACGUGCAGAAGCAGUACCUCGCUCGAGUCCUCGGGCAUGUGCCCCCGGGA